CACAAGUUGCCUGCGUUACGCGAGUCUCUCAUGGGCCUUUGGAACAAGGCGAUAUGCGCGCAAGGCAGACAUGUGCCGUGUAUGUCUGAACAUCGAUGUCUUCCAAGGUUGGUGGGAUUCAUCAAGCCGCCAGCUCGGAAAGCCACUGGCCCUUGCAAAGAUGCAGGAGAAGAGCUGCGCCACGAUAUAUUCGAUGCAUGGUGCCUCCAUAGGCUUUUCCAUGCGUCUCCUGUAGCGACGCGAUGAUGUUCAGAUUUCGUUCGCAGGAUAUGUGAAGAUUAACAAGAACGCGCAGCCGGGCGUUCAAACUUUGCAUCGAGAUUCGUUGAAGUGAAGGAACAAUGACAGUAUGGCAGCUGUUCAAGCCAGCGGACGCGACUUGACGAAUGUCAACUCGACCGAUCUCGACUUGUCGCCGCUUCAUGGCAGAGACAUACGCCUACUAAAGUUACUUCCGGGAGAUGCUGGUACUCAGAUUUGCUGCGAGGUGAUAGUCGUCUCCUUAGACAGUAACCCGACCUACACGGCAUUGUCGUACGCCUGGGGCAAUCCUCCAGCAGGACGUGUCAUCUCUUUGAAUGGCCGUCAGACCAAAAUUCGUAAGAACCUAUGGCGUUUCCUUCACCAAGCGAGGUCCCUCCCGGAUGCGUUGUUUGAGUACAUCUGGAUUGAUGCUCUAUGCGUCAACCAAGUGGAUGACGGCGAACGGACACACCAGGUAGCACUAAUGGGCGAGAUCUAUGCUGUUGCUGAACGAGUAAUUGCAUGGCUUGGACCUUCUUACAACAGCAGUGAUCAAGCAUUCAACAAUAUCCAGAUCGCGUCACCCUCGUGGACAGCUAAAAAAGCGUUCGUAAAGAAGUGGGGGUCCUCGGCCGCCUCGUCGAUCCGCGGCAUCUGUGUCAGACGGUAUUGGGAACGACUCUGGAUCUUCCAGGAGCUGCUUUUAGCCCGAGAUGCCGUCCUGAUGUGUGGUUCGUCCUGCCUGCCACUGCAGAGCUUCAAAAGCUUUGUUCUCACCAUUUUGGCCUGCAGUGUCUCCGACCAUGCUGCAGAGCAAUUUGAGCUUCGACGCGUUCGGCAGAGUCCCGCGGUGACUAUCAUGCAGUAUGUUGAAGAGCGACGUACCGAGUCCCCAAUUUCAGAGCUAAUGCUGGCCACACGGGAUCUACGCUGUACCGAUAUGAGGGAUCGCGUAUUUGCAGUACUCAGCGUCGACAAAGGGCCAUCACGGAAUAUUCUACCGGAUUAUGAAAAGCCACUACCUCAUCUGGUAAAUGAAGUUUUACGAGACCAUCAUGCCUUUAACCCGCCGACAGGAUUUGAUGAGGUCACUGAAAAGUGUCGCGAGCUGGCUAGGAUCAUGUGUAUCGAUCUUCAAGAUGUCUUUGCCAUACAGGAGGACCAACUCAAAUGGAGUCCCCAUAUGCCUAUGCCCAAAUUCGGACCCUUGGACGACAUUGGUCGAAGAAAGCCUCUUGUUGCCGCGCGACGCCAUGACGUGGAAGCCGACAAGGGUUUGUACGGACGAGGAUUGUACGGCAUGUCGAUUACCAUUGCCUGGGCUGCAUACUAUCGCCACGUCGCAGUGAUGGAUUUCAUGCUCAAUCAGGACUUAUUUGACAUAUCGACUUGUUUCUUAAGAGCCGUCAAAAUGGAUCAUUACGCCGUCGUGGAAGCCCUUUUGCAAGUCGCAAACGGACGGUGGCGUCAAGAAUUAGACUUCUCCAUCUCUGAGAAUGCCAAUGCUCUCCAAUUGGCAGUUCACUAUGGUCGGUCGAGCAUUGCAGACCUUCUUGUGCGCGCUGGGGCGGACGUCAACAAGCGCGGCCUAGACUUCGACCGCGCUUUAACGAGCAGAGUGGACCUCGCGCGUGCCCCGGCGCUUGUAGUCGCGAUCACGCAAGGAUCAUCUGAGCUCGUCCAGCUGUUACUGAAGCACGGCGCAAAAGCGCACUCUCUACCUUCAAUCCUUGAAUCAGAACCGGAUCUAAGUGCCUGGGAGAUUGCGCUGAUAUGGGGACAUGCCCAGAUAGCCGACAUAUUACUCGACGCAGAAGCAGAGAAUGUGCCUGUGCUCACGCCGAAGGAACGCUUGCAGAACAAUGGUUUGUCUCUUAUAUGCACUGCAUUGGGUGAAGGGCAGGAGAACGGCGUGAGACUGCUUUCGAAGCUUUGCACAGACUAUUACGUGAUACACAAGAAGGCGGCAUGGUUUCAUGUACGCAGAAUGCUCGACGAUGCGAGAGUGACAGACAACAUUGGAAUCUUGAGAUCAUUUCUCUCAAUCGACUAUCUAAGAAGAUAUGAGAAAACCUGCCAUGAGCUUGCCUAUGUAUUGAUAAAUGCAGUGUGCUCACAGAGAGUAGACUUUGCGCAGACGCUGUUCGAACACUAUGCCACUGGCUAUCUGGGAACAGGCAUCAUUGACGAUCUGUUCGACCAUACGGUGAGCUCAGGUUCUGCGGAGAUGGCAAGAUUACUGCUCCAGUACGGCGCUAAUGUCAACAACAAGCCAAAAUAUGGGCAUCAACGCACCGCGCUUUGGUGGGCUGUGUUUCGUAACGACGACGCUUUGUUACGAAUACUGGUAGAAUAUGGUGCUGAUGUUGAUUGCCUAUCAAUUCCACGGUCAUAUCGACCGCUCGAUACCGCUGUUGAUAAAAUUCAGCUCUCCUCGUUAAAAUUAUUGCUCGAAUCUGGUGCUGAAGUUCAACCCCGACAUAUUUCAAUGCUAAUUCGAAGGGCCCGGCAGUGGUGUCCUGACGACAAAGCUCAAUGUGCGAUACGAAUGCUUCUCGCACAUGGAGCUAAGAUCGGCGGCAAAGGACGAGUCUCAGUUUGGAAAACUAAUGUAUUAAGAGCUGCCAGGCGUAUGCCAAAGCUAGUCUUAGACCCGCUGACUGAUCUGUCUGGGAUUGCAAAUGUGCACGGUGUAUGAUCUCCUUCAUGUCCGCGUUCUCUACAGUCAUCUGUAAGUGGUCAUUACCAAGUUCAAGUCCGG